AUGAAAACGGCCUACUUGGCGUCAUUGGUGCUCAUCGUAUCGACAGCAUAUGUUAUUAGGUUGAUAGCGAUUCUGCCUUUUUUCCACACUCAAGCAGGUACAGAAAAGGAUACGAAAGAUGGAGUUAACCUACUGAAAAUACGAAAAUCGUCAAAGAAACCGCUCAAGAUUUUUGUAUUCUUAGGAUCGGGAGGUCAUACUGGUGAAAUGAUCCGUCUUCUAGAAAAUUACCAGGAUCUUUUACUGGGUAAGUCGAUUGUGUACUUGGGUUAUUCUGAUGAGGCUUCCAGGCAAAGAUUCGCCCACUUUAUAAAAAAAUUUGGUCAUUGCAAAGUAAAAUACUAUGAAUUCAUGAAAGCUAGGGAAGUUAAAGCGACUCUCCUACAAAGUGUAAAGACCAUCAUUGGAACGUUGGUACAAUCUUUUGUGCACGUGGUUAGAAUCAGAUUUGCUAUGUGUGGUUCCCCUCAUCUGUUUUUAUUGAAUGGGCCUGGAACAUGCUGUAUAAUAUCCUUUUGGUUGAAAAUUAUGGAACUUCUUUUGCCCCUGUUGGGUUCCUCCCAUAUAGUUUAUGUAGAAUCGCUGGCAAGGAUUAAUACUCCUAGUCUGACCGGAAAAAUAUUAUAUUGGGUAGUGGAUGAAUUCAUUGUCCAGUGGCAAGAAUUGAGGGACAAUUAUUUACCAAGAUCCAAGUGGUUCGGCAUCCUUGUUUAA